AUGCAAUUCAAGAACAUUGUCGCUGCUUUCGCUACUGUUGCUGCUGCUCAAGCCGCUAACCAAUCUAACGGUUCCAACGGUUCCAACGGUUCCAACUCUUCUUCUUCCAGUGUCCCAACUGGUGCUGCUAACUCCAAUGUUUUGAACGCUGGUGUUUUCGGUGCUGCUGUUGCUGCUGGUGUCGCUUUCUUGUUCUAA